AUGGGUGUACAAGUAUCUCCUUUGACUAAGAUCAUUUGCCUUAGUGGCGUACUAGCAUUAGGCUUUCUUUUGAUUAUAUUGAGUUGCGCACUUUUCCACAACUAUUAUCCAUUGUUUGACGUGUUAAUAUUCCUACUCGCUCCAUUGCCUAAUGCAUUGUUUGGAAAGAGCGAUGGGUUUUCAUCACAUGGCGAAUUCUUGAAUGAAUCUGGCAGAAACGGCGAGGAUUUCGGUCAUUUUAUGACCGGUUUGCUAGUAUCUAGUGGAAUUUUAUUGCCAAUUGUGUUCUACCACUCAAACUUGAUUAACCACGAAAGUGCACUCAUGACUGUUUCAGGUGGCCUUAUCAUAUACCUGUGCAUCGUUUUCUUUACAUGGUUUUUCAAUGGUUCGUGGGAUACAGAGGAUGAUAAUCUAUUUGGUUAUUAA